AUGUCAGCCCAGAGCCUGCUGCACAGUGUCUUCUCCUGCUCCUCGCCCGCGUCGGGCGGCACGGCCUCAGCCAAGGGAUUCUCCAAAAGGAAGCUGCGCCAGACACGCAGCCUGGACCCAGCCCUGAUCGGUGGCUGCGGGAGCGAGAUGGGCACCGAGGGCGGCCUGCGGGGCUCCACAGUAAGCCGCCUCCACUCUCCGCAGCAACUAGCCGAGGGUCUCGGUUCCCGCUCCACGUCUUCUCCCCGAAGUCAGCACCCUCGGGCUACCCGGUUCCCGACACCCAGACCUUUAUGCUCGUCUUUCUCCACACCCAGUACCCCUCAAGAAAAGUCGCCUUCUGGCAGCUUCCACUUUGACUACGAGGUCCCACUGAGUCGCAGUGGUUUCAAGAAGAGCAUGGCCUGGGACCUGCCUUCUGUCCUGGCCGGCUCCGCGAGUGGCCGCAGUUCCGCAAGCAUCCUCUGGCCCUCUGGGGGAGGCCCCAAUGGCAUCUUCGCUUCUCCUAGGAGAUGGCUCCAGCAGAGGAAGUUCCAGCAGCCACCUAACAGUCGUAGCCACCCGUAUGUCGUGUGGAGGUCCGAGGGUGACUUCACCUGGAACAGCAUGUCUGGCCGCAGUGUGCGUCUGAGGUCAGUCCCCAUCCAGAGCCUCUCGGAGCUGGAGCGGGCACGGCUGCAGGAAGUGGCUUUUUAUCAGUUGCAGCAGGACUGUGACCUGGGCUGUCAGAUCACCAUCCCCAAAGAUGGACAAAAGAGAAAGAAAUCUUUGAGAAAGAAACUGGAUUCCCUAGGGAAGGAAAAGAACAAAGACAAAGAAUUUAUCCCACAGGCAUUUGGAAUGCCCUUAUCCCAAGUCAUUGCCAAUGACCGGGCAUAUAAACUAAAGCAAGACUUGCAGAGGGAGGAGCAAAAGGACGCAUCUGAUUUUGUGUCUUCCCUCCUCCCGUUUGGGAAUAAGAAACAGAACAAAGAACUCUCAAGCAGUAACUCAUCUCUCAGCUCAACCUCAGAAACACCAAAUGAGUCCACAUCCCCGAACACUCCAGAACCGGCUCCUCGGGCCAGGAGAAGGGGUGCCAUGUCAGUGGAUUCCAUCACAGAUCUGGAUGACAACCAGUCUCGACUCCUAGAAGCUUUACAACUCUCCUUGCCUGCUGAGGCUCAGAAUAAAAAAGAAAAGGCCAGAGAUAAGAAGCUGAGUCUGAAUCCCAUUUACAGGCAGGUCCCCAGGCUGGUGGACAGCUGCUGCCAGCAUCUGGAAAAACAUGGCCUCCAGACAGUGGGGAUAUUUCGAGUUGGAAGCUCAAAAAAGAGAGUGAGACAAUUGCGUGAGGAAUUUGACCGUGGGAUUGAUGUCUGUCUGGAAGAGGAGCACAGUGUUCAUGAUGUGGCAGCCUUGUUGAAGGAGUUCCUCAGGGACAUGCCUGACCCGCUUCUCACUAGGGAGCUAUACACAGCAUUCAUCAACACUCUCUUGUUGGAACCAGAAGAACAACUGGGCACCUUGCAACUCCUCAUCUACCUUCUACCUCCCUGCAACUGCGACACCCUCCACCGCCUCCUACAGUUCCUCUCCAUUGUGGCCAGGCAUGCAGAUGAUAAUGUCAGCAAAGAUGGACAAGAGGUCACCGGGAACAAAAUGACAUCUCUGAACUUGGCCACUAUAUUUGGACCCAACCUGCUCCACAAACAGAAGUCAUCAGACAAGGAAUAUUCUGUCCAGAGCUCAGCCAGAGCUGAAGAGAGCACAGCCAUCAUAGCUGUGGUCCAGAAGAUGAUUGAAAACUAUGAAGCCCUGUUCAUGGUUCCCCCUGAUCUCCAGAACGAAGUGCUCAUCAGCCUUCUGGAGACAGAUCCGGAUGUCGUGGACUACUUGCUCCGAAGAAAGGCUUCCCAAUCCUCGAGCCCUGACAUGCUGCAGUCGGAAGUUUCCUUUUCCAUGGGAGGGAGGCAUUCAUCUACAGACUCCAACAAGGCCUCCAGCGGAGACAUCUCCCCUUAUGACAACAACUCCCCAGUGCUGUCUGAGCGCUCCCUGCUGGCUAUGCAAGAGGACAGGGCCCGGGGGGGCUCGGAGAAACUUUAUAAGGUGCCAGAGCAGUAUACACUGGUGGGCCACUUGCCAUCGCCAAAGUCGAAGUCAAGAGAAAGUUCUCCUGGACCAAGGCUUGGAAAAGAUAUGUCAGAGGAGCCUUUCAAUAUCUGGGGAACUUGGCAUUCAACAUUAAAAAGUGGAUCCAAAGACCCAGGAAUGACAGGUUCCUAUGGUGACAUUUUUGAAAGCAGCUCCCUGCGACCGAGGCCCUGUUCCCUUUCUCAAGGGAACCUAUCCCUGAAUUGGCCUCGGUGUCAAGGGAGCCCCACGGGGCUGGACAGUGGGACUCAGGUCAUUCGGAGGACUCAGACGGCGACCACCGUGGCACAGUGCAGUGUCCACCUUCCCGUGUCGCGUGUCUGCAGCACUCCCCACAUCCAGGGCGGCGGCAGGGGGUCCAGGCAGCCUGCAGCCAGGUCUGAGCCAUUUUUGUCCGUAAACAGUACGGAAGACCUGGCCGAGGGUGAGGUGGAAGAGGCCUGGCUGCAAAGCCAGGCCCAGCCUGUGUACCAAAAACCUCAGGAAAGUGGCAGAGAUGACAGGCGCCCCCCGCCUCCUUACCCGGGGUCAGGGAAGCCUGCCAUGGCCUCCUCGGCCCAGCAGCCCCAGGAGCCUCCCCUGUGGAGGCUCCAGAGGCAUGAAGAAGGUUCGGGAACAGCUGCAGAAGAAGGAGGCCAGCAAGCCUCAGGAGAACAUCCAGCCAGGCCAAAAAAACUGAGCAGCGCCUACUCCCUCUCAGCCUGCGAGCAGGACAGGCAGAACUUGGGGGAGGCCAGCUGGCUCGACUGGCAGCGAGAGCGGUGGCAGAUCUGGGAGCUCCUGUCAACUGACAACCCCGACGCCCUCCCGGAAACCCUAGUAUGAACCUGCCCGCCAGCAGCUGGAGCCCGCCCUCCCAAAAAAAAAAACAUCCUCUUCCGGCCCAGACCCGGAAAACUUGCCGAUGGACAAUUGGACAAUUAUUCAUUUUUAUUUUUCUUUUCGUUUUUCCACACUUUGAAAAAUCAACACAAGAGAAAGUCAGUCCACUUACAGAGAGACACUCCUACCCUUGCCAUUUAUGAUAACAUUCUAUUGCGUAGCCAGCCUUAGGGGAAAAAAAUCCCAAACAUGACAAUACCCAAUCUCAAAACUACCCACAUUGGCUAUAUAUAAAAUCAAACUCUUGCUUUGGUAUAGCUUAAUUGUAUUUAUGUGUCUUCAAUUUUGACUAUUGUAUAUUCUGUAACAAAUUAUGUGUGAUAAUCAAUAUGAUAAUAUUCACAGAGAAGACAGAACAAUUUUAAAAAAUCACUGCACUUAUAUUACACCAUGAGAUAUAUUAAGCAACAAAAUUCUAUAGAAUAUUCUAGAAUAUGCACAAGCGGGUUUCUGUGCUUUUUGCCAUCGCUUUUUCACGGGGACAGCCCUCCCUUCAAUGCCUAAGAAAAAUACUAACCAAACAAAACAGAAUGUGAGAAGCCAUAUUUUUAUACAGUGUUGAGAAGCAGAAGUUAUAGUCACUGAAUGCUUUUUCAUAGUGAACAAGUUUUAAGGAAAUAUUCAAUUUGAUAUGUUUUGGAAUAUAUUUUUAGAAACUGUUUAGAAAGGACUCAGCAAAUCAUAGGAGAAAAAGGCGGUGCCUAACCGUACUUAAGAACAUGUCCAUCACAUUCUAGGUUAAAUUCAGUUUUAUAUAGGACACUUAUAUAUUUAUAAUGUGUAACUUUUAUGUAUUUUUCAAAACUACAAACUGGAAUCCAACUAUAAAAAGUUUUAAAAUCCAAAUGAAUACACAUUCACAUUAUACAACACCAUUCCCCCCUCUCCCCAGUUAUCAAUAUUAGCCCAAUUACAAGCAAUUCCUUGUAAAGUAAAUCCUAUCUGGGGGGGGCAAAAAUCAGCUACAUCUUUGCGCUUACAUUUGCCAAAGGCUGAGGAAACGUGUCUUGGUAAUUUUAUGUGUAUUGUAAUGUAUGUGUUACUACUACUACUACCUUACUUCAACAAUUUGAAGUGUUACAACUGCAAAACCACUUUUGACCAGCAGGUGGCAGUUUGCUUCAGUAUUUUCUGACUUUUUUCACAUCAGAAGGGACAGUGUACUAUAUACAAAGAGGGUUAUAUAUAUAUAACGUGCUACUCUUAAUUUUCAUGUUGGCAAUGAAAUUUUUCAGUGGUGUUUCUUAAAAUUCUAUCUUGUGCCAUGAUAAAUAAAAAGUUAAGCAAAGA